GCCCCGCUCGGCCGCCGCCUCCGCCGCCGCGGCGAGGUGCCGCCCCUCCGCCAUGGCCGAUGUGGAGGACGGGGACGAGCCCGGGGCCCCCCACUCGCACGCGGGCUCCUCGGGCUCCAAGGCGGGCGCCGCCGACAAGAUGUUCUCGCUGAAGAAGUGGAACGCGGUGGCCAUGUGGAGCUGGGACGUGGAGUGCGACACCUGCGCCAUCUGCCGCGUGCAGGUCAUGGAUGCCUGUCUUAGAUGUCAAGCUGAAAACAAACAAGAAGAUUGCGUUGUGGUCUGGGGAGAAUGCAACCAUUCCUUCCACAAUUGCUGCAUGUCCUUGUGGGUGAAACAGAAUAAUCGCUGUCCCCUCUGCCAGCAGGACUGGGUAGUCCAGAGAAUAGGCAAAUAAAAACACUGGAAGUUUUUUUCUGUUGAAUUGUUGAAAUAGUGUGUGUCUUAUGCUGUGUGCUCGUUCAGAAGAAUAGAACAGGCCAGUCAUGGCGCAGUUUAUUUGGUUUAUCUGCUACAAUAAUGGAGCGGGUUUGUUGUGUGCACUUUGCUGUAUUAGGAGGCAAUGGUCAGUCUUACUGUAGAGCUUUCCACAACUGAAAAGAGACAUUACAUUAACAAAUGUGUCUAUUACAAUUUGAGUGUUGACUGUAUCUGUAUCAGAACAUAGAAAUGUGUUUGUGCAGAUUAUACCCCAAAUACAGUCUAAUGUUUUGGUUAGAGAAAGGAAUUCAUUCAAAACGGAGACCUUGUUUGAAAGCCUCAUGUGCUGUAUAGCUCAUCGUCAGAAAAAAACUGUCUAAGUGAUAUUGCCUACAGAACCGCAGUCAGUGAGCUUUGUUAGAAAAUAUUUUGUUUUUUUCAUAUAAAAUGAAUAGUGUGUGAAGCAUUUAUUAUUUGCUUUUUUCCAUCAGACUCUACUAUAAAUUUCUCAUUUAGGUUUUCUUUGACUUUGAAUGUGAAAAUUUUGUUUUGCUGUAUCUCAAAAUCUGUUGCUGUAUAAUAUUCUACACAUGAUUUUUACAACCAUAGUGUUAGAAUUUAACCACAUUAAUAAUUUUUUAUUUAUAUUUCAGUUGACUAAUCCAGAAAGCAAAACUGAUAAUUUAGAUAACUCAAGGAAAGCAGGUACUUAUUAAAUCUAGCAAAAAAUAUAAUAAAUUGUUAUUUCAUCAAAUGUCUGUUACAGAAAUUUCUUUAUCAUCAUUUUAUAUGAUACAAUGCUUGUUUGGGGGAGUAGGAGAAGGCAUUGUUUCAUUGUUACAGAAAUCCUCAAAAUCAGUGAUCAGUCCUGUGUUUUUUAUUACAGAUAUUUAACUGCUUGCCUCUGACUUUAUCUUUUACUUAAAUAUCCAAAGUAACUACUAUUAAUCUGAACAUAUGCUGAUGAGGGAUUUUUUAUUAAUCUGAACAUAUGCUGUGGAUGUUUUUAUAAGUAAUAGACUGAAUUACUACUUUAAGUCUGAAAUGAAUUUAGACUUAAUAAAAUGGUUAAUAAACCUGUGCAGAAAUGAAGCAGUAA